CUCACUUGUGUCUAUCGUACACACAUGUAUGUAUGACAUACACACACCAUCACAUCCACCAAAAAGACAUACACUCACUCCACUCACUGCCGCACUGCCGACGCAUCGCAUCGCACCGCACUGCACCGCACCGCACCACACGACAGCACUCCACACUACCCCAGGGCUACCAUUUUCUCCUCAGCACUCUCAAGGAGCUCAUGCCGCUGUAGAUGAGGAACCCCUUGCCGAUCCCGCCGCUGGCCGGGCUCUUCUUGGGCGUCAUGAAGGACGGCAGGUACUGGUACAUGCGCACCUUGGUCGCCCGCAUCCCAUGCGUCGCCGUCAGAUAAGACGCCUCGCGGUACCUCGUCAGCCUAUUCAUCGACGAAGAACCCUCGCCGCUGGUAUAGUGGAUGGCACGGCUCAGCCGUGCCCGCACUCGCCCCAGUGUCGGCCCAGGGAGAUGGAUGACACUGCUGUUGUCUGCUGUCGGCGUUUCUGGCGCAGCGGUAUCACUAUCAGCAGCAUCCGAUGCGGUGUCGGUGCUGGUGUUGGUGGGUGCUGAUGCCGUAUCCUUCUUCUCGCCUGUCUUGCCCGAUACAUCAACCACAACUGUCUUGCUGCCAGCCGGUGCAGACGAAUCCUUGUGCUGGUCGCCGGCACGUGGCUCGUCAGCCUUGCGUGGGCUGCGGGUCUCCUGUUUGCUGCUUCUGCUGCUUCUGCUGCUGCUGCUGCUGCUGCUGCUGCUUCCAUCGUAUGAGUAUGUCCAGCUGAAGUACCAUACGGCGAAGGAGCCCGCUGCACCGACCGCAACGCCGCGGAUGAAGGGUCCCCACAUGACUUGACUGAAAGUAGGGGAUGGGAAGGAGUGACUCGUUCAGCUCAGACAGCGCCUCAUGGCUGCGGUGUGUGAGUCAGCAAUGGGAGAUGAAUGAUUCCUGAACGGAAGAUCACAACAGAGCAAACUCAUGUCACGUGAGCCCUCGCGCUCACCCCUUCUUCUUGCGUCAUUCACUGUGGUGCUUACAUUCUUCUUGCGUCAUCACCAUCAUCUCCCGGCGCCAAAG